GCGCGCGGCCGUUAGCGGUCCUCGUUUUGGCCACAGUCCGCGUGACCCCACCCCCCCUCAGCACGCUCGCCUCCUUCGACAGCGCAGUCACCGCGCGGGGCGGCCGCCCGUGAAGUAGUUACCACGUCUUGUGUCAACGACUAAAGCUCCGGGACAGCGGCGCCCUCGGCGACAGCUGGGUGGGCAGCCUGGGCUGAAAGCGGUGGCCCGUCGCUUCCGUGAGAGCGAGCAGCGGAAGCAACCUCCAGCCUGGCCUCGCCACAGCCGCCCGGCAAGGGAGCCCUGGCAUGCGCGGAAUGCUCCUUGAGCCCUCUUCUGACUGUUACCUUUGGGGGACGGUUGUGGCCACACUGACGUAUUUUCCAAAUAAAUCGUUUAUUCUUGCGGCGGCGGGACCGAACACGUUAAUAUAUUUUUAAUUUACUCAACACUUUUAUCCAGUGAUACAACUUGGUAAGCGUUUCGAGCGAGCAUCCGCCGGGUUAGGAAAUCGCGGACUGAGCAGCUUGCAUUUGCCACGACCGUCCUCAACUGUUUUGAAGAUUCCAUCUUAUAACUACCAGUGUGCACAGACUACUACUCAAGUAACGUCGUGUCCCAGCGAUGCAAAGAACUGAAAUCUCAAGCUGGAAAAGCCUGCAUUGUCUUCAUAAUAGCACAGAAGAAUUCUAGAUAGGAAGGACAGACAGAAACGAAUGAAGACUUUAAAAGAAAAAAACAAACAUCCAAGAUUGAGGAAAACUAUCAGGACUAAGAAGGUAACCCAGAGGAAGCUGUCCUCCAGUCCUGUUUGCCUUCUAUGCCUUCAAGAACCUGGUGAUCCUGAAAAACUAGGAGAAUUUCUUCAAAAAGACAAUCUUUGUGUCCAUUAUUUCUGUCUUCACCUGGGAGACAGAGGCAGGCAGCUCCCCUGCCAAGUUUUUAGUGGGGUGCCAGGGGUUACCUCAUACAUGCUAGGCAAGUCCUCUUACCAACCGAGCUACAUCUCAGUUGAACUUUGUCUGGAAUCUCAUUUGCAGAUCUGCUUUGUAUGCAAGAAAAAAGGAGCUGCUAUCAGAUGCCAGAAUGAUCAGUGUGUCCAGAACUUCCAUCUGCCUUGUGGCCAAGAAAGGGGUUGCCUUUCACAGUUUUUUGGAGAGUACAAAUCAUAUUGUAGAAAACAUCGGCCAACACAGAACAUCCACCAGGGGAGUUUGGGGGAGGAAAGCUGCGUCUUGUGUUGCGAAGAUUUAUCCCGAACAAGUGUUGAGAACAUCCGGAGCCCAUGUUGUAGUCAAGCUAUCUAUCACCGCAAGUGUAUCCAGAAAUAUGCCCACACAUCAGCAAAGCACUUCUUCAAGUGUCCCCAGUGCAACAACCGAGAAGAGUUCCCACAGGAGAUGCUGAGGAUGGGAAUCCACAUCCCAGACAGAGAUGCUGCUUGGGAACUCGAGCCAGGGGCUUUCUCCGAGUUGUAUCAGCGCUAUCGGCAUUGUGAUGCCCCCAUCUGUCUGUAUGAGCAAGGCAGAGACAGCUUUGAGGAUGAAGGACGGUGGCGCCUCAUUUUGUGUGCUACAUGUGGAUCCCAUGGAACCCACCGGGACUGCUCCUCUCUUAGACCCAACAGCAAGAAAUGGGAAUGUAAUGAGUGUUUGCCUGCUUCAACCACGAAUUACAUAUCUGAAGACUCAGGUGACACCCCCUGUUGCAGCAGCACCUUCUGCCCCCAUGUGUAUUUCUUAAGGGCUGCUACCAACCUGGAAGAGAAUCCCAGCUCUUCCUGGACUGAUCGGCUACAAACUUCCCACUUAGAAAAGCCCGAGUCCUCUGGUGGAAGAAGCUGCUGGUCCUGGUGAUCCAAAGGAUUGCAAAAAAUCCAAGUAAUAGCUUCAGAGUGGUUCCUGCCCAGGACAGUGAGAUACAAAAGAGCGUUGCUGCAUCAGUUUGGAGAGGUAGCACUUUGAAACCAUGAGACUCAAGGGGCUAAGUGAAGAGGUCUCAGGGGACCCCGAGUCUGCAUGCCAACAGUGGAGUGUAAGGGCACUGUUCACCAUAAUGUGGCUCUCAUGUGCUUCCUCCAGCUUCACUCGUUUGAUAUUGACAAAUAAAGGCCAUCUCUCCA